AUGGUUGAGGGACGAAAUUAUCCAAUGGAGCCAAUAGCAAUCAUUGGUUCGGCCUGCAGGUUUCCCGGCGCCUCAAGCUCACCAUCGAAGUUGUGGGAUUUGCUCCGACGACCACGCGAUGUCUCGAAGGAAUUUGACCAAGAUCGCCUAAACCUCCAGCGCUUCUACCAUCCUAAUGGUGAUACCCAUGGCUCCACGGACGUUACCAACAAGUCAUAUCUCCUUGAUGAUGAUACUCGCUUAUUCGAUGCUUCGUUCUUCGGUAUUAGCCCCAUGGAGGCUGCGGGAAUGGACCCGCAGCAGCGGCUGUUACUAGAGAUAGUCUACGAGGCAUCCGAACGUGCUGGUACAACACUUGAUCAGCUUAAAGGCUCUCUGACUUCUGUCCAUGUCGGGGUCAUGACCAAUGACUACUCCUCUAUUCAGGUUCGCGACCCUGAAACCAUCCCAAAGUAUGCAGCGACGGGUACGGCAAAUAGUAUUAUAUCGAACCGUAUCUCCUACGUCUUCGACCUAAAAGGUCCAUCUGCGACAAUCGACACAGCGUGUUCUAGUUCCCUAGUUGCGUUGCACCAUGCUGUCCAAGGAUUAAUUCAUGGGGAUAGCAACUUGGCCAUUGUGGCGGGGGUCAACCUAAUCUUUGAUCCUAUUCCCUAUAUUUCGGAAUCCAAACUUCAUAUGCUUUCACCCGAUUCCCAAUCUCGGAUGUGGGAUAAAUCAGCAAAUGGUUAUGCCCGUGGCGAGGGUGCUGCUGCCCUUUUUCUUAAACCUCUUAGCCGUGCUAUCGAAGAUGGUGAUCAUGUGGAAGCAAUUGUUCGAGGAACAGGGGUUAAUUCAGAUGGCCAGAGCCCUGGCAUUACAAUGCCAUUUUCUCCUGCACAGGUGAAUUUAAUUCAACGAACAUAUGAGCGCGCUGGUCUCGAUCUGGCGAAUGAUAGACCUCAAUACUUUGAGUGUCAUGGCACAGGCACCCCUGCUGGUGAUCCAGUGGAAGCAAGAGCAAUUAGCGAAUCAUUCGUACGCCGACCAAAUGGAGCGUCGGUAGAUGACCCAAUUUACGUGGGUUCAAUCAAGACGAUCGUGGGCCAUUUGGAAGGCUGUGCAGGACUUGCUGGCGUUAUCAAGGUGAUUCUUGCUCUAAAGCAUCGCACCAUUCCACCUAACCUACUAUUUAACGAACUUAACCCCGACAUUGCCCCAUAUUAUGGCCCACUCCAGGUUCCAUCAACUGCACUCCCUUGGCCAGUGUUGCCUGCCGGCACCUCUCCUAGGGCAAGUGUCAAUAGCUUUGGAUUUGGAGGCACAAAUGCACAUGUUAUUAUUGAAGGAGUCAAUUCUAAUGCUGCCGUUGAUGCUGCUGUUGACCACGUACAGAGCAGCACCGGAAUUGUUCUUGGCAAUACUGAUACACUUUUGUUCCAUGAGAGCAUUUUAAGCCCACUGCUAUUUUCAGCUAGAUCAGGGCAAUCGUUGCUACGAAACAUUGAAGCACACUUGCAGCAUUUGAGAGAGAACCCUCAUCUUCAUCUCCAAAGCUUGAGUUGGGUACUUCAAACUCGACGAACCACUCACCGCGUUCGCGCACAUUUCUCUGGUGUUUCACGAGAAGACAUUAUGCACAAAAUGUCUAGUUUUGUAGCUAAAUACGCAAAAAGCCCUGAUGAUGAAAUUGGAUACCAGCCACAACCUAUAAAUCCGUGCGAAGGCGCUGGAGUCCUUGGUGUUUUCACUGGACAGGGAGCGCAAUGGCCCUUAAUGGGCCGCGAGCUAUUUUGCAAAUCGCCGCUUUUCCGAAAGUCUAUAGAAGAGUGCGAGCUUAUUCUACAGAGUUUACCCGACAAUGACAUCCCAGAAUGGUCAUUGGUUGAAGAGCUAUUCGCCGAUAACUCCUCGUCACGGUUAAAUGAAGCAUCCGUUUCGCAGCCGUUAUGUACUGCUGUGCAGAUUGCUUUGGUCGAUCUUCUUGAGGCGGCUGGAGUCAUCUUCCACGCUGUCGUAGGCCAUUCUUCUGGCGAGAUCGCGGCUGCUUAUGCAUGUGGGAUUAUCACCCUACGAGGAGCAAUGCAGAUCGCAUAUUAUCGGGGUUUCUAUGCGAAACUUGCUAGUGGCAUUAACGGGGAACACGGAAGUAUGCUAGCCGCUGAGCUUUCGCCUGCGAUGGCAACACAGCUUUGCAGUCAUUCGAAGUUUCAUAAUCGUAUCAGGGUUGCGGCGUACAAUGCACCUAAUAGCGUUACUCUCUCAGGGGAUACAGACGCAAUCCACCUUGCGAAACAGGAACUGGAUAAAGAUAAUAUCUUUACGCGGCUGCUUAGAGUUGAUACGGCGUACCAUUCCCAUCAUAUGCGGCCGUGUGCAGAAUCAUAUCUCCGCUCACUGACUGCUUGUGAUAUUGAAGUCCGACGCCCGGACGCAGACAAACCCACAUGGAAUUCGAGCGUGUACGGUAACACGGACAUCAUUACAGGCGAUCUAAAUACCCUAAAGGGGCCAUAUUGGGUGGCGAACAUAGUAAAUCCAGUUCUAUUUUCUCAAGCUCUCGAAUCUGCCAUCUGGCAUGGCGGCCCGUUUGAUUUAGCCAUUGAAGUAGGGCCCCACCCAGCGCUCAAGGGCCCUACCGAGAAUACUUUUAAAGCUGUCUACGGAGACGGUCCAUUGUACGUGGGUUUAUUAAACCGCAAUACAAACGAUAUUGAGGCCUUUUCAUCCGCCUUGGGUAAUACCUGGGCGCGGCUUGGUCCUCAAUACCUUAAUUUUGUUGGCUACCGAGCUGCAUUCCUUGAGUCAAAUACAUCAACCCCCGCCAUUAUCAAAGACUUGCCCUCAUACUCAUGGGCGCACGACAAGAUUUAUUGGCGCGAAUCCCGCACCUCUAAGAGAUAUCGUACCCUCAAAUACUCUUACCAUGAACUUCUGGGCCGCCGUACGCCAGAUGAUAACGACCGUGAGCUGCGCUGGCGCAAUGUUUUGAAACUGGGUGAGAUACCUUGGCUACGCGGACAUGAAAUUUUAGGUGAAGUCCUUCUCCCUGGUGCGGCUUACGUCUCUAUUGCUGUCGAAGCCGGAAAUGAUCUUGCCAUGGUCAAUGGAUACUCAGCCCAACUCAUAGAUGUAGAGGAUGUGGAUAUUCAUCGUCCUGUGGUAAUACCUGACAAUCAAGACGGAAUCGAGACCCUAUUCACCUUACGCCUUACCGAUAGUUCCUCCGCAAAAGGUGUAUUGGGGGCACAGUUCUCAUUUUAUAUAUACCCUGACCCAUCUCUGGAAUCAUCAAUGGUUCACUGCUGCAGCGGCAGUCUCUCCGUUCAUUUCAAUCUCCCCUCGGAACCCAAAGAGCCAUUGCCGCCGAAAGGUCCAGUGCCGGCAAGCCUUGUCGAUAUUGACUGUGAGCAACUUUAUUCCAUGUUUGAAGGCAUUGGGCUUCAAUACUCCGGCAGCUUCCGAAACAUCUUAGAUAGCCGCCGCUGCCUCAAUUAUGCAACAGCAACAGGUGUCUGGCCAGAACAACUAUUGGGAACUCACUACACAAUUCACCCUGCAGUGCUAGAUGUUGCCUUUCAGGCUCUGUUCAUUGCUCAAGCUCAUCCGGCUAGCGGCCAAAUUGUCUCUGCUUUGCUGCCAUCGCACAUUGACCGCGUCAGGGUUAACCUCUCUGCUCAGCUUGUAAAGUCGGACAAUAAAAGCCAAAUCGAAGUCGGUUUUGAAGCAUGGGCUCUUAAGAACACAGCGACUGCAGUAGCUGGAGAUAUUAGCGUAUACUAUAUCUCGUCUGGGAAGACAGCCCUCCAGAUCGAAGGCCUUAAUACGUAUAUGGUUGGAGAGCAAGACACCUCCCUCGAUCGGCCGAUAUUUUCAAAGACAGUUUGGUCCAACGAUGUUUCCUUAGCGUUGAUAAACCCCUUACACGACUCUGCGGAGGAUUCAGAACUUCUUAGUCUAGUAGAAGCACUCGAGCGUGUUGCGCUCUUCUAUAUGAGGAAGCUCACUGAUGAGAUCGAUUCUAGGGAAAGGGCGUCACUUCAAUGGCAUCACCAGCGCAUGUUUGAGGCAUAUGAGAGACACCUAAUGUUUGUUAGGAAUGGCCAACAUCCAAUACUCCGGAGCAGCUGGCUAGCUGACCCACCAUCCAUAUUGCAUAAACUUAGCUCAAUAUACCCGAACUCUGUGGAGCUGCAGAUACUUCACACUGUGGGCGCCAAUAUAGUGGCAGUCAUUCGCAAUGAGAUGCAAAUAUUAGAAGUUAUGGACAAGGACGAUAUGCUAAACCGCUUUUAUAUGGCCGACCUGGGGUGUACCAGAAUCAAUAAAUUUCUGGCUCAGAUGGUGCACCAGAUUUCUUUCAAAUUUCCACGGUCUAAUAUUCUGGAAAUAGGCGCUGGAACUGGCGGGACGACCUGGGACAUUUUGAAUAUGAUAGAGAGCGAUUUUGCUUUAUAUACAUAUACCGACAUUUCUGCUGGAUUCUUCUCCCGCGCAACUAAAAAGUUCUCUAAGUUUGCACGCAAGAUGGUUUUCAAGACGUUUGAUGUAGAAAAGGAGCCAAAGAUACAAGGCUUUGGUGAACAUUCUUACGAUAUCAUUAUCGCGGCAAACGUAUUCCAUGCUACCCGGAACUUGAAUGCUACUUUGCAAAACGUUCGAUCAUUGCUGCGCCCAGGAGGUUAUGUGCUAAUUUUUGAAACAACCGGGACGCAUACGCUUCGCGUUCCUUUUACUUUUGGCGGGUUCCCCGGAUGGUGGUUGGCCGAGGAACCCGGACGGAAACUGAGUCCUAUUGUAACUACUCUUGAAUGGGACGAGCUUCUACUCCAGAACGGAUUUUCGGGGGCUGAAAAUGUCGUGCACGACGUCAUGGACGAGAGCAAACAUACGCUUUCCUUGAUUGUGAGCAGGGCUAUUGAUGACAGCUUCCUUACUAUACGUGACCCGCUAUCACAGACGGCGGAGCUUACUAUUCCCACCCAACCUGUGCUGCUCGUUGGUGGAACGAGCCUUAAGACUUCUAGGAUAAUAGGUGAAUUCCAGAAGCUCCUUCCAAAGCCAUGGAAGCCCUUAAUUCGAAUGGUCAAGUGUCUUGAUGACCUACAGUCAGAGAACCUUAGUCCUGAAACGGAAGUGGUUUGUUUACAUGAGCUCGAUCAGCCGCUGUUUACCACUCCCAUGACUUCGCAACGGAUGGCUACUUUGCAGGCUCUUCUGAUGAAUUCAAGCAAUGUUCUUUGGGUUACAAAUACAGAGCUAACUCACACUCCCCGCACAAAAAUGUUUUAUGGGAUCGCGCGAGUGCUUCCCACUGAGAUUCCCCAUGUGAACCUACAGGUCCUUGGUCUAGGGCCGGGAGCAACAGCCGCUGUGAUGGCAAGGCAUUGUACGGAGGCCUUUUUACGACUCAGAGAAGCCGCUCGUCUUUGCCAAAGUGUCGAUGGGGUUACUAUUCUAUGGUCGCAAGAACCUGAAAUCGUUGUUAACGCAGAUGGACAAACGAGCAUCCCACGAGUGAAACCCGAUGCGUCAAUGAACGAGGUGUACUUCGCAUCACGUCGUACUAUCACAAAAGCCGUGGACGCUGUCGAAGUUAUUGUUCAAGCCACUCCCCAUCUCUCCAAGAUGACUCUACAAGCCGCAAGUUCGCACGAUAACUUCCAAAAUUUUUUGGUUGGGGCCCAAGGUGCCGUCAGCUGCGCUCUUCUCGAAGUCAUGUAUGCCUUACAUAUUCCAUCCAGCCAUGGGGAUGGUAGCUAUCUUGUUUGCGGAACUCAGCGCGAAGACACUGACAACUCAUUAAAGUCAUCUACACUAAUGGCAGUUUCCAGUGUUAACUGUUCUCAUCUCGACAUAGAGUCUAAUCAACUUCUCCGCGUUGAAAAUUAUGAUUGUACACCGAGAACGCUUGCGGCUAUGGUGAAACGAAUGUUUAUUCAAGCCGCCACUAUCGUGGCAAUAGCCUUGAUCACUAAGCCUGGCCCGGUGCUUUUAUAUGCGGAGGACGUAUCUUUUGGCACCAGCGUGGCUGCAGAGCUUGUCAGUCAGGGUGUCAAUACGUACCUGGUAACUUCUAUGCCCCACGCUGCUCCUGAUGGGUGGCUCAACGUACAUCCCUAUGCAUCGAAAAGGACCGUCCUUAGAGCUGUUCCUAGUGAUACCCAGCUUUAUAUUGAUUGCCUCCAGUGUCCACCACUGGUUAAAUCCGACCAUUCACAGGCUGCAAGUACUUUGGUUCAGGAAUGCCUACCACCGGACUGCGAGAAGCGACUACUUGGCGUGCAGCUUUUACAGGAGGCUGUUGAUCUUCAAGGUAUGGGGUUUUUGCCACUACUAGAAGACUCAUACAUGCACGUAAAGGAACGGUUUUGUCAGGAGCAGCUACACGGUGAUUGCGAGGUCAUCCAUGCUACCAAGCUUUCUGGCGUUGAAACGUCGACACUUUCGCAUAGGGCUUUUGUGACUGAUUGGCAAACACGGGGGCCUCUCCCAUUGACCGUUGCACCCCUCAAUAUGAACGGUAUAUUCAGGCCAGAUAGGACAUAUCUAAUGGUGGGAGCUGCCGGAGGACUAGGCCUCUCCAUAUGUCAAUGGAUGAUACGCAAUGGUGCAAAACACCUCGUUAUUACAAGUAGGAAUCCUCGUGUGGACUCAAGCAUACUGGAUGAUGCGCUUCAUGUUGGAGCAUCGAUCAAAGUUUUACCAAUGGAUAUAUCGAAGAUGAGCUCUGUGCAAAGUGUUGUCAAACUUGUGCAUGACACUAUGCCUCCCAUUGCUGGCGUAUGUAACGCUGCAGUGGUUUUAUCGGAUAAACUCUUCCUCGAUAUGAGCGUCGAGCAGCUUAACGGCACCCUGGUAUCGAAGGUAGAUGGUACUGAAAAUUUGGACUCUGUGUUCGCCGAUUCACAUCUAGACUUUUUCAUCUUGCUAUCUUCUACCGCGAGCAUAGUUGGGAAUAUUGGACAGUCCAACUACCACGCUGCAAAUUUGUUCAUGGCUGGCCUUGUUGCUCAACGACGUUCGCGUGGUCAUUCGGCAUCUAUUAUACAUAUUGGCUACGUCUCCGAUGUUGGAUACGUAACAAGAAACCAAAACCGCCAGCUUGAUCAACAUUUCCAUAAUAUGCGUUUGAUGCCCAUAUCUGAGACGGAUGUCCACCAUGCCUUUGCUGUGGCCAUUAUUGGUGGAAAUCCUACUAGCGCUUUUGGUACCCAUGAUAUCAUCAUGGGUAUCGAGCCAGCAACCAAAUCUAUAGCGCCUGGAACGCAAACACCAUGGCUAGAACAGGCCCCCAUCGUUGGUGACCUUCAGCAGCAAGUCGAAGACAAGCUAUCUGAGGACCAAGCCGUUUCCGCGGUAGUGGACGCCUUUUGUACCAAGCUCGAUGAUACAUUACAACUAGCUGCUGGGGAUGCAAAACAAAACGUUCACCGGGCUAUUAUAGACCUCGGCAUUGACUCACUGAUAGCGGUCGACAUUAGGACGUGGUUUCUCAAGCAGUUGGGGGCCGAUAUCCCGGUGGUCAAGAUUCUGGGAGGCGAUACUGUGAUCCAAAUCUGCACACUGGCAAUAAAGAAAGUAAUGGCUAAUAACUUGAAAAGAAAAGAAUCCGCGCUGUCAAAAGGCAAUCCAAACCCAGCCAUAUACAACUCUACGGACCUGGAGAGAAACAUAAACUCCUCAAGCCCCUUGCUAACUAACUUGCCAAGAACCACUAAAUCCUCAGAUGAGUUUUGUGUUAACAACCACUUAGAGGAGUAUGACCCCCAGAGUUCGGAAACCGUGAGCCAGAGCACUUCCGCUAGUGAGGCCGAGGUAUUGUACGCUCAUGUUAAUCUUAGCGAAAUUAACGGCGGUUUAGAGUCGUCAAGCUACUCGGCAACCACAGAUACAGAGGAAACUGAAAUUGAGGCUGAGAUUAUCCACCAUGAACGAAUGUCUCCAGAACAAGCGCGAAUUUGGUUUUCGUCAAAAUAUUUAGAAGAUCCUACGGCAUAUAACAUGGUUUUCCAUUAUCGCAUUGAUGGGCCUCUCAAUGUGGGUCGAUUACGACAUGCGUUUCAAAUAACAGCAAAGCACCAUGAGUCUCUUCGUACUUGCUUUUACUCGCGCACCGAAGACGGACAUCCUAUGCAGGGCCUUAUGGCGUUAUCCGCUUGCAGGUUGAAGGAAUUUGCCCAUGCCGACAAAACCACUCUUCAGCAGGAACUGGCACGCCUCAAGUCCAGGGUGUGGAAACUUGAGAAAGGGGAUACCUUGGAAGCUACGGUACUCACGCAUAGCGCCGACAAACAUGACAUGGUGUUCGGGUACCACCAUAUAAUCAUGGAUGUUGGAGGUUGGCAUAUUUUUGUUCGUGACCUUGAUACUGCGUAUCGAAUGCAGCCGCUGGAUAAGAACGCUGCUGGCUCAUACAUUGAGUAUUCCACGCUGCAGCUGCAAUUUACCCAAGAACAAAAACAGGAAAAACAAGAAGCUGAUGCUCUCAACGAAAAGCUCUCCUAUUGGCAAACUGAGUUUGCGACAUUUCCUGAGGCGCUUCCACUCUUCCCCAUGGCUACUGUUUGCACUCGCCCGGCAGAUCAAAAACGCCAUGAGAGUCAUCAUGAAUACCGAAAUCUUUCUAAGUCACAGUAUAUAGCGGUAAAGGAGGCAUCCCAGCGACUUGGAAUCAGUGUGUUCCAUUUUCAUCUUGCUGUUUUACAAGUAUUAAUUACCCGCUAUACAGCCGUUAACGAUAUCUGUAUCGGUAUUGUUGAUGGCAACCGCAAUAAUCCACGAUUCGCCCAGACCGUGGGCUGCUUCAUUAACAUGCUCCCGGUACGAUUUCAAGUGGUAGCCGCUUCUUCUUUUGCAGAUAUUGCUCGUGCAACAUCAAGAAAGGUUCUAGGUGCCUAUGCUCAUUCGUCAAUACCAUUUGAAGUGAUCCUUAAUGAUCUUAACCCCCCCAGGUCUUCUGGGAUAACACCACUCUUCCAAGUUGCAGCAAACUACCGCAGAGGGGGGUUUUGGGAUAUACCUUUAGGCGAAGACUGCCGCAUGCAGCUCUCAACGGAUGACGGGAAAGAUGCAGAAACUCCAUACGAUAUCAGCUUUGGUGUCUCAGAAAAUCCUACUGGUAGUAUGGUCGAAAUGCAUUGCCAAGCGUCUCUAUACAAUCCUACCGCCUGCUCAAUCAUUAUUGACGCCUAUCUAAGUCUACUGGACCGGUUUUCCGCCGAUGAAAGCGUUCAAGCAGACGCCUUCACGGUUCACAAUAAUUCUGAAGUUAUACGAGCACUCGAACUCGGUAGAGGCCCAGAAAUGCAGUUUGGAUGGCCCACUAGCCUUUCAAAUCGUAUAGCGGACAUGUGUUCUUUGCACUCUACAGAGCCUGCUAUUGAGGAGGGGGCAGUCACUAUAUCAUAUACAGUACUAGCUUCCCGGAUUACCGCACUCGCAGCUAUGAUGCUUCAAGCAGGAUGCACUGCGGGUGUUCAAAUUUUGGUGUUGUGCGAGCCAUCAGCAGACGCUAUUGUUUCCCUCCUUGCCGUCCUACAUGUAGGCGCCGUAUAUGUGCCAUUGGACACCAGCCUUCCCGCAUCUCGCCAUGAUGCCAUAAUAAGAAGCUGUAUGCCGGUGUUUCUUCUUUCCCACGCAGCCACCAAAGACCGGGCGCGGGACUUAUGCUGCGGAACAAAGACUGCGCUCCAUGAGAUUUAUGUUGAUGCAAUUCCUGAAAAAUAUUCCAAUCAUGCCGAAGUUCCAUGUUCUGCGAGGCCGGAGACGCCCUCAAUCCUUCUGUUUACCAGUGGCUCCACUGGGACCCCUAAGGGAAUACUCCUUUCUCAAGCCAACUUUGUCAACCACUUAGCGGCUAAAUCGCAUUUACUUAACCUCGGCCGUGAGCGUGUCUUACAGCAGAGCUCUCUUGGUUUCGACAUGUCGAUCGUACAAAUCUUUAGCGCUCUCGCGCAUGGCGGUACCUUGGUUAUUGCGCCAUCCGAUAUUAGACGGGAUCCAGUGGAAUUAACCGCCUUGCUAAACCGCCGCCACAUCACCCUUACAAUCGGUACGCCGUCCGAAUAUCUUUCCUGGCUCCGCUAUGGUGGCGAAUCUUUGAGAAGCUGCGAAGUGUGGCGCCAUGCGUGCAUCGGCGGCGAGUUUAUUUCAUCGCAGCUGAAAUAUGAGCUACACCGUCUUGGUCUAGCAGGCUUGACAGUAACGAAUGCUUAUGGCCCCACGGAGAUCACUGCUGCAGCCGCAUUUCAGACAAUCCGCAUGGAUAUUAAGGACCAGAAUGAUGAAAAGAGUAACUUUGCUGUUGGUAGAGCGCUACCAAAUUAUUCGAUUUGCAUUCUUGAUGCAUAUGGCCACCAGCAGCCUGUAAAUCACACUGGGGAAAUUUGUAUUGGCGGUGCAGGAAUCGCUUUGGGAUAUCUCAAUUCAGACCUAGCCGGCGGUUGCCAAAAGUUCAUAUUCAAAACUAGCGCAGUGGGAGUCAGUCAACGACUCUAUCGGACCGGCGAUCGGGGUCGACUAAUGCCAGAUGGAAGCUUGCUGUGUUUUGGACGCCUAGAUGGAGACACCCAAGUCAAAUUGCGCGGCGUGCGCAUUGAGCUCGAAGAAGUCGAAUAUGCUUUGCUGCAAGAAUCAGCCGGCCUUCUUUCCACUGCUGUCGUCUCCCGGCGAGGAGAUAUCCUGGUAGCAUAUGCUGUAUUGUCGACAAGUAACAAUACUACGAAUAAUGAGCAGCUGACCGAAAUCCUUAAGCGGGUAAAACUUCCUCAGUGUUUUGUCCCAGCCGCCAUUAUCAUUCUUUCAAGAAUUCCAAUCACUGCCAAUGGAAAAAUAGACCGCAAGGCCAUUAGCAAUCUCCCUUUUCCUGAGACCAAUGACUCCGAGGGCUCGCAGCAUUUGGGAAGACUGACCAUCCGCGAAGGUGAGCUCCGCCUGCUGUGGGAACGUGUACUUCCUAAAUUCCAGUCUGGCGGAGCUUCCGAUAUUCGUCCGUCAUCCGAUUUUUUUUUGUGCGGCGGCAACUCGCUACUUUUAAUGAAACUUCAGGCGGCUAUAAAAGAAUAUAUCGGGGUUACUGUGUCCACACGCAUGCUUUAUCAGUCUAGUUCCCUACAGAUGAUGGCCCGGCACAUAAACGAACAGCGUCAGGAAAAAGAUGAAGAGACUAUAAACUGGGCGGCGGAGACGGAUAUACCCACAUGGCUACAGGAACGGGUUCGCGAACUUCCCCCAAUAACGGAACACCGGGCAAUACCAGGCGUCACUUUGAGCAUUGAGGUUCUCCUGACGGGAGUAACAAGCGUGCUUGGUAGAUGCCUCCUGCACUCUUUAGUCCAGUCACCCUUUGUAUCAAAAAUACACUGCAUUGCAACGCUUACUGAUGAGCUUCCCUCGCUUGCUUAUCAUGACAGUAAAGUGAAAUGGUAUACCGGCAGUCUUCUUUCCCCAACCUUGGGCCUAAAUACAGCAGAGUGCAGGUGGCUGGAGGAGAAUAUCGACGUGAUCAUCCAUGCGGGAGCAAAUGGCCACUGCCUGAACUCCUACCCUUCCCUACGUUCGCCUAAUCUGUUCUCCACACACUUCCUCGCGUCUAUUGCUCUGCCACACGCAAUACCAUUACUCUUCGUAUCUUCGUAUAGGGUCGCUCUCCUGGCUGGUAGCACUUCACCAGGCCCUAUCUCCGCCGCGAGCUAUAUGCCUGCAACCGAUGGAAGCGAGGGUUAUACGGCAAGCAAGUGGGCAAGUGAAGUAUUUCUGGAAAAUUUGGCGACAUUCCUACAACGCGAAAGGGCCACAGAGGAAGCAGCUGACUGUACAAAGCUAUGGCGAGUUGCCGUGCACAGGCCCUGCGUGCUAGUAAGCGAAGAAGCUGAAGCGUCUGAUGCCCUCAAUGCCAUCUUGCGAUAUUCAGUGCUAAUGCGAUGUGUACCGCGGCUGGAAACAGUUGAAGGAUAUAUAGAUUUUAGGAAGGCGGAUGAGAUUGCAGCUGAGAUAAUGUAUGCGGCGCUGGAACUUGCAGGCGUUGGCACCCAGCAUCGCCGAGAUCGAGAGGACAGUUUCGACGCGAUACAGUUCAGGCACCACUCAAGCGGCACCAAAGUUCUGGCGGAUGAGUUCAGAGGUUAUAUGGAGGAGGUACACAGGUGUACCUUUGAGGAGGUUGACAUAGCUACAUGGAUGAGCCGUGCUAUAAAGGCCGGUAUUGACCCGCUUAUUAUAGCAUAUUUGGAGGGCAUUCUUGAAAGCGGGUCGAUCAUGAAAUUUCCGUAUCUUGGAGAGUGA